AUGGGCAUGAUUUCAGAAAACAUCGUCAAGUCCGUUUUAGUGACCAUUCUUCUUGUUCUCAGCCUUGGAAGACUAUUUAUUUCGUAUCGGUUUCCCUUGAAUUGGCCAUGGCAUAAAAUCGAUUUAGCUUUGUGUGCCUUGCCUUGUAUUUUCUUCGCUCUUCUCACUGGUUUGUUCUGGAGCCACAGGUUUCCAGCAUGGGGUGAAGUGCUCUUCUGGGUUACUUCGAUCUUCCCACCACUACAUGCAUACCUCCCUAUAAUCUUCCAGCAGCGGAAAUACCCAAACACGCCUCGAUUACUGCGCACCAUGUAUCCUUCUUUUGCUGCACUUUCCACCCUGGCUAAAGUGGCAUUCUCCCUCGUUGGAACUUUUGUCCUGAGCUCUGUUCAUCUGGGCGGCCUCUUUAUUCUCUCUGUGGACUACCUCGGUAUAGCUGCAUGGUAUUGGUGGUUGUUUCGACAGUCAACUCUAGGCCGAGCUCAGCUGCGGUUUAUCUCGUGUUACCUCUCUGUAGUAGCACUUCUUUUGCUUGUGGUUGCCAUCAUAGGCAUGUUAGGUAAAACAUGGAUAUUUGCACUGGAGGUAAUCACAAUCAUUCCCAUAUUGCCAACAACACUGACACUCAGCAGAUCGAACUGA